GAAAGAAAAAGGGGAUGGGGAGAAGAAGUUCUUGUUGUGGAAAGGAGGAAGGGUUGAACAGAGGAGCAUGGACAGCCGGAGAAGAUAAGAGUCUAACCGAUUAUAUUAAUGCCCAUGGAGAAGGAAAGUGGCGCAGCCUUCCAAAGAGAGCUGGGCUUAAGAGAUGCGGAAAGAGUUGUCGUCUAAGAUGGUUAAACUAUCUUCGACCCGACAUAAAAAGAGGCAACAUUUCUCAUGAUGAAGAAGACCUUAUCCUUAGGCUUCACAACCUACUAGGCAACAGAUGGUCUUUGAUAGCCGGAAGGCUUCCUGGCAGAACAGACAAUGAAAUUAAAAACUAUUGGAACACCAACAUGUGCAAGAAACUACACACCCGACCACCACCCCGUCGCCACACCACCACCACCAUCACCAACAACAACACUACUAAGACUACUACUGCUAUCCUCCUCCCACCACCACACGCAAUCAAAACCAAGCCCAUGAGGCUAUCAGCUUCAAACACUAAGCCAUUCAUCAUCACUACUAGCACAACCAAUAAUAAUAAUAACAAUCCAUGCUCAUCAAUCAAUAUGCCUUCUUCUUCUUCAUCAUCACCAGACAAUAAUAAUAAUAAUAAUAAUAAUAAAUUUGUUGAUUUUGGGUUUCCAACCACAACCACCACCACCGGUGAUUUUGACCAGCAGCUGCUGCUUAAUGAAAACUUUAAUAUUGAUGAUUAUGGGGGUGUCCUUUUCCCGGAGAAUUACAGCUGGAUGUUAGGAGGUACUAAUGGAGGACUGGGUUUCAGUCAUUUUCCGGAGGAGAGUACUGCAGUACUGGAGGACUGGGUUCUAGAGUGACGGCCGAUCGAAGAAGAUAAUUAAAUUCUAAGUUGUUUAUUGCAUCACAUGGGUUUCAAUUAAUUAAUUAUAAGUAGUUGUUAAGAUCUAUCUAAUGCAUGUAAGUCUUCUAAUUAAUUGACUAAGGUCACUCAGUCCUUCCUAUUCUGUUCAUUUCAAUAAACU